AUGGGGUCGGGCGUCAGCCGAAUAGUGCCGCGGCCACCGAACUCAGCGGCGCAGGCCAUGCCCCGGCCCAGGUUUAAUCUCUUGAGUCUCCUCUGCGGCACCUCCUUCUCCGAGGAUGACUCUCCGCAGGUCCUUCUCUUUCUGUUCUAGCGUCUCCCAAAAACGUUGGCCAUGCUCCGCUUUCUUUCCGUCCCCCCUCCCCCCUCUCGAUCGUUGUGUGGAAUGGUUGAUUUUGAUUCUAUCUGCGGACGUUGCACUUGAAAUUUCUGUAUAUUUUCCUCUUUUUUCUUUAAUUUCAAUUUUCACCGUAGGCUUUUUUUGACCUUUUAGAUGGUGGAUUUGGUUGGACAGGUUGCCUUGGCGUUGAAAGGAUUUUUUGGAUCCUCGCGUCUACAGAGAGUAGUUCUCUGUGGUGCUUUAGACGUCCAAUCAUCUAUGACGAGAAGAUCCAUCUGCCGAGAACCACUUGAACUUUAGGUGUUUCUUUUGAUUUUUUUCUUCUUCUCCAAAACUCGCGCCUUACUGCCUUUCUCUAGAGGGGUAGGCUUGCUCGCAACCAAAAUAUUGGCAUCAGUUUGUGAAAGACUUAUUUUAAUGGGAUUUGAGAAUCGGUAGGAGUAAAUUAGCAAUUCUUCUUCUUCUCUGUUUCUUUCCUUGACGCCUAUUUGCGACCGAGGGGAUGAAUUCAACUUGGGUAAGGGUGUGGCAAAAAGCCUGAUGGGCUGAAAAGAUCGUCUCCCUGAUUUGUUACUACAAGAUCACAUGGGUUUUAUAAACCUUUUGAAAAGGCAUUAUUGACACCUAGCAACAGUUGGUAAAAAUAUUGCCAACAGAGUUAGGCUUUAAGUAUUGGACGGUCUUUCUUAUAUGGCACACUCCACGGGAGAAUUAUGGUGGAGGAUAUGCGUCAGUGGUCUUCAUGCUUGUUUUUGUGGCUAACUUAGGAUUCCUCAAUGGGGUAUUAAUCCGUAAUGAUUAGGAGUUAUGAUCUAGAUAGUUAUACUUGUUCUUCCUUGAUGGUAUCAUGCUCUUUACUGGCUGAUCCUCUUCUUGUUCAAAUAUUUUAUGCCGUUCAUUGUCUCUACCAUAUCCAAAGACGUUGUGUAAUGUUGUGCGUGGGUGCUAAGAUACUUUUAGCCCUCCCUUUCCAUUGCUAAACCCUGCUUCUGGCUAUUUCAUCUCGUGCUGUUGUCUCUCUUUAAAAGAGCCUGCUGUUGGUUAUUUAUCAAGGAAGGAACCCACUGCUGGAUUUUCUAUGUUGUGGGAGGCUACUGACAGGUUCACCCUUUAGGGGCGUCUAUGGGCAGUUUACUAAGGUCUCUGUCCCUUCUCUUAUUUUUUUUCUCCACCUUAAUUCAUUGACCCUGCUUAUAGUAAUUUGGAGGGAAACUUGUAAAAUUGUUUCGUUUUUCCCUGACAUUUGGCGGACAGUAUCAACCACUUUCUAUGAUCUGUCGAUAUAUCCUCGUCUCUCUAUCAAUAUAUAUAUAUAUCAGGAUAUCUAUCUCUACUAGCUGUUAUAUUUGUAUAUCUGUGUGUGCAUCACCUGGUACUAUGUUGAGUGCAUAGCGAUCUAUCAUGAUUACAAGGGUAAUUCUUGUCUAUCGAUGGCACUAUCUUAAUAAUUUCCUUAUAUUUUUAUGUCGUAUCAAACAUUUGAGAUGGAGGAUCAAGCAUCCAUCUCUUCAUGUUUUCUGUCUCCCAACUUUUCUAACAUGUGUCGCAUGUACAGCAAUCGGUACAUGAGGUUCAAUAUUAAGAAACAAAAUUUUCUGGUCAAAUCUUUAUGCUUCUGGUUGAUUCUUUUCUCACAAAUUAAUAGCCACUGAUGAAUUUAGCCCAAUGCUUGUACUUCUGGAUGAAGCAUAAACGGUGUGAUCAGUGAACCAUAUAUUGCCUGAACUUUUGCAUCCAUUUGUUAGGUCUGGGGUAAGGUCUCAUGUUUUGAAAUCACGGAUCAUCUAGUUGAUGGGCACGAUCGCAAAUCAUGUUUUAUCCAUGAAAUCUGUCCUGUUUUGUUUUUUAUAGUUUUUCAUAUGCUUUUGCGUUCUUGAAAUACCAUUCUUUUGAGGAUAUGUUGAUGCAAUUUAUGUAACCACUAUUCUUGACAUACUGUUCUUUUAUGGAUGAUUUGACUUGUCAUGUUCUUGCACUUAAUCUUAAAGCAGAUACAAAUUUCGAAAAAUAUAAGUGUUGAACCUCCUAUGCAUGCAGAUCGACGAACGAGGAGAUGAUUCCAGCUCAACCGCGUUAGAGGAUCCAGCAAUAAAUGGUGAUUCUCUUCUUCUUGGUAAUCUCCAGAGAUCAACAGAAGAGUUAUCCUCGAUAAUGUCUUCCGAGGGCAGCAGCUCCAGAACAUCUUCCCGAAGUGCUAGUGAAACGUUUAAUGCACCUGGGAAACGUUUGUCAGAGAGCAAGGAUUUGUUGCCAUCUGAGAGAAUCGCCCUUCAUCAAGAUAUGAUGCCCGAUCAGGGCCCUCCUGGUCAAGCUAGUAGUUCCUCAGGGCCGCUGCCCUCUAGAGCAUCAUUGGCGAGAAGAGAUGCCAACCUCGCUGCAGCUGCAAGGGACUCCACAGAUGAUUAUACCUACCGUGAUAAUGCAAAUAGGGUAUCCUCAGUCAACAUGCCGCAAGUAGAUAAUAGAAGCCAGGAAAAUGUAGCUCAUUGGGUCCGUAGCUCUUGGCUAGACGUUGACUCCACCGCCUCCAAUCAACCUGCAGCUCGACGUUCAUCUCAUGAAGAACCUCAUGAAGUUGCAGCUCCUAUUGAUUCAGGUUCUUUCAUACCCCUCAGGACAAGACAACGAAGAGGUGGAAGCAUACUUCACCUGGACAUAGUAACUCUAUCUUCUAGUGCUGUUUCUGGAAAUUCUGGAUAUAGCAGAAAUCGAGAUGCAAGAAGAAAUGGUAGAAGGUUGUUCUGGGAGGCCUUUUCCAGACGUGGUUCAGAGAGGGAUGAUGGUCCUCCCUUGAUAUUCUUUUCAACAGAGGGCACUGAUGACUUUGCAUCUCAUGACCAAUGGCUCCUUGAUUUGAGUAGUGACGUCUUUGGGAAUGAAACUGGAGAAGGCUCACAACUUCAGACUAGUGGACGUAGUAAUACAGCUGAACAGAGAACUUUAAGAUCCGAGGUGAUAUUCCUUACGCAUUUUUUUCCUCUUUAUGUAUGCUGCAAGUCAAUUAAAUUCAAUCAUGGUGGGCAUGCCUGUAUUUAUCGUUGCAUGGCACCUGACUCCUAAAUUAAUCUGAUAAUAUUGAAUUUCAAUAUCAGAGCUUUGUUUUUUCUAUUGAUCCUCUUAGUUAGCGUACUAUUUUCCAUGGGGAUAUCCUGUGUACCACCCUGGUAAUUCAUCUUGUUCUCAUCUUUCCUCCUUGGAAUUAACCGAAGACUUCCCGCAGGUAACAGAAGCACCUCGUGGUGAUGUUGAUGAGGACAGUGGACGGUCCAUUCUUUGCCCCUCUGGACUUCACCCAUCUGGUACAUGUUCAUGUGAGACAUUCGUGAUAACUGAAGGAUCAGAGACUCGUGCAAGUAUCUCACGGAUAGUCAUGUUAGCUGAGGCUUUGUUUGAGGUAGGCCCUUCAAGUGACUGCCUUGAUGUUUCCAGCAUGUGUGUUCUGAGGAAACCAGCUAACCACUCACUUACAUUUCUGUAUGGUUUGAAUUUAUUGAUCCGGAGAGUAGGAUAGGAGAAGCUGUUUAAUUCUGUAGAUCGUCUAGAAAAGAACUCUUGGGCUCACGUGUUAGGGUUCAAAAAGAGGUGAUUUGUUAGGAACCAGCUUGAAAAACUUGCUGUCAACCUAUACCUGAUGUAGAACCGGCGCCAUUUCUGAGCUGACUUGCCUCCUCCUCCAUGGACAGGCAAAGAAGUUCUGUCUGGACUCAUUAUUUUGCUGGGCCGAUUUAAUUCUGGACUCACAAAUACGUUCAUGAAUGUUUAGAUGCUUAAUAAUCAUUAGCUUAACCGAUACUUACCUUGAUUUGACUAUUGAAAUACUGCACAAAGUAGAUUGACUUUGUCAUCUUAUUUCCCAGUUGAAGUGGACUGCAUGUGUAAGAUAUGGAGCACAGGGGCUCUAACAUGAUCCAUUUUAGUAAUUCCUAAAUGCUUAUUUUGAGCUGUUGUACAUUAAUCCUCAGAGAUCAUCUAUCGGCGGGGUGUGAAUUUACCCCGUGCGAGCCUGCAGCUUUUUGUUAUCUUACUUAAGAUGAUACUGCAGGUGUUGGAUGAAAUCCAUCGACAGCCCUCCCCCUUUUCACUCUCAAUGUUGUCUCAUCCGGCGCCAGAAUCUGUCGUGAACUCUUUUCCUCUUAAAAGUCACAGAAAGUCAAGCGUGGUGGAAAACGGAGAUGCUCCACAGUAAGGCUCUUUAAUGUUUUUUACCAUUGCUGAAUUACACGAUGUUUUUCUCUGUUAAUGUUAUCAUUUUUGUGCUUAGGCUUGAUUUUAUUUUUUUUUAAUGUUGACAUUUUUGUAAAAAUGGACCAUGUCUAAUAUUAGAACUAAGCUAGAUGUUGGAAUCUUAAUAUUAAAACAACUUGCCUCAGUAAGAUGGAGAACUGAACCCAAUGAGUAGGUUUAGGACCGCAUAAGUCUGCUGCAUAGACGGAAAAAUCUCUCGUUUUUUUGAUGAAAUCUUUCAUCGACAUUAGUUAGCUCUACAGCAGAAGAAAGAACAAGAAGCUAUUGCAAUAUAACCAUGUUAGAAUGACCACCUUCUGUUCAUAGAUAUGGUUUUUAGUCUUCAGAAAACACUUCUUUUCCGUGAUUUAAAUCCGUUUGCCAUUGUAAGUAGGACAUUUUAGAGCACAUUUUGGUCAUGAUUUAAAUCCUCAAAAACCCAGAUAAGGUGAAUAAUUUAUCAUCGAGCUCAAUGACACUCCAUGAAAAGUAUAUAAUCCGUGGUUAUCAUGAGCAAGACAUUCCAGAACACCUCUCGAGCAUGAUGAUCAACUAUGGCCUCAUUUCACUGGUGGAUCUGUUGCUCCAUCGAUGAACAGGUGCUACAUCUGCCUGGACGAGUACGAAGAAGGCGACAGAAUCAGAGUUCUUCCCUGCCUACACGAGUACCACAAGUCGUGUGUUGAUAAAUGGCUUACAGAGAUCCAUGGGUACCCAUCCCGCCCUCUUCCCAUUUCAUCCUCGUUCUCGUUGGAGUUCUUGGGAUUGAUCUCCCCACCGUUGGUCGCUUGCAGGGUCUGUCCUCUUUGUCGUGGAGACGUCUGCAGCAGCAUCGUACCGAGCUCCUGA